UGAAGGAGGGAUGUAGUAGAGUCUGGCAAAACGUUCAUAGUUUUGCUAGAUUUGGGGAAAACAAGGCAGGCUGCAGUGGAUGGAAAAGGAACCAAACAAAACAACACAUCAUUCUGGAAAAACACAGGUUUCUAUGUUUGCCUAUGAAACUCAGAUUCUGCAACGGCUGGCAGUUCUGGUGGUGUGCCAUGGCAUGACAUCGGGUCAGCCCCCCCCUCAGUACUUCUUGGUCCAGAGGCCGAUGUCCUGGGACAAAGCCCGGGAGUUCUGUCAGACACACUAUGCAGACCUGGUCGUCCUGAGCUCACAGGAACAAUACUUCCAUUUUGUCAAUGACACUAAAACUAAUGAAGUCAGCCUUUGGCUCGGCCUGCAGCGCCAAAACGAGUUUAGCAGCUGGGAGUGGGUGGACGGCCAAGAGCUCAGGUAUGAACACUGGCACAGGAUCAACUAUGAAGGCCGCUGUGCCAGUCUAGAGGCCAUGCUGAAGAAAAACAACAAGAUGCUGGCACGGUACUGUGAAGAGCUGCACACUUUUGUUUGUCAGGGUCCUGAUUCCCUGGAGCCAGUGAACGUGGACUCUGUGGGCUCUGAUUAUGUGAGUCUUCGCUGGAACGUGUCUGCAGUUAUGCAGAUGACACCACACAAUUACAGUGUGACUACAUGUAGCAGUACAUGUGACAGGCAUCUGUACCACUACAGCCAUGGUUCUGCUGUCAUGAGCAUCACCAUCUCCAACCUCACCUCAGCCACUCAGUACUCUAUUGAGAUUUAUGCUUUUGUUGAUCGGCCUGACAGUGAAACUGGAAGUAAAAACAUCCUUAAAAGUUACCCAACGGCCUUACAGGUCAAAACAGACACCACUGACUGCUCCAGAGUGGUCAUAGGUAUUUUGGCGUCGUUCAAACUGGUAUGUCUGGCUCCUCUCCUGUGGGUUCUUUAUAACGUUCUGAGAAAAGAUGAACUGAAGGAGUGUGAACAGGUCCUGUCCCCAGUGGAGCCGUGUGCAGAGGAUACCAUUACUGAGCUGAUUCCUGGAAGAACCAGAGGAGUGGGUUGAAGAGGGAAAUAGACCCUGUGUAUGUGGGGUUUCAUGAUAAGGACAGGCUGUUCACUCUGCAGAGAUCACUUAUUUUUAGUCCACACUAAUACAGAGAUUUGGCUAAAUGAGCAUUUCCCUCGUCCGUUAAAAGAAAACUACAAUUAUCUCCAUGGAAUCUUCAUUUUCUAAAACUUGUCUGUGCGGACAAGAACACAAAAUGCAGAAAUGUUCAAAGCUCAAGUUCUGUUGGUAUUGAUGAAGUCCACAUCAGCUGUAAAUACAAGAAGAUCCAAACCAGAGGCAGUUAAAGUUAAAGGUUCAGUAUGGAAGGUGGCGUGGUAAUCGGUUUUAGUGCUCAGAGCAUGUGUGGAUCUUACAUCAGCUGACUACUGUUCUAAUCUAAGGAAGGGAACUGAGGAACACAGGAGAAAACAGAAAGAUUUUAUGAUCAAUUAUUUUUGUAAUGGAUUAAUCUAACAAAUAUUUUCUGUUGUUUGUGUUGAUCCUGGCAUCAUGUGCGUCAUAAUAAGCAUCCGUGUGAAACACAACAGUGGAACCAAUGUGUAACAGCAGAGAAAUUAAGGAAAGGAAGAUUUGAUUCAGGAAAAUUAUCAAAAGAAAAAAUAUAUAAUUGAAUAAGCUUUUAGUUUUUUGGGGGGUGGCCAUGGCUCAGGUGGUAGAGUGGGUUGUCCAAUAACAGAAGGGUUGGUGGUUCGAAUCUUGUUCUAUCCUAGUCAUGUGCUGUUGUGUCCUUGGGCAAGACACCUCCUCCACCUUGCCUCCAGUGUCACUCACACUGAUGUAUGAAUAUGAAUGUUUGGUGUGGUUUGACGCAAAUUGGCAGGCUCGCUUUCGUCAGUCUGCCCCAGG